AUGUCUGGGUGGAGCUGCCUGGUGACAGGAGCAGGAGGGUUUCUGGGCCAGAGGAUUGUCCAAAUGUUGGUGAAGAAGGAAGCGGUGAAGGAAGUGAGAGCCCUAUUCAGGACCUUCAGUCUAAAACAUGAAGAAGAACUGUCUAAGCUGCAGACAAAGGCCAAGGUGACAGUACUGAAGGGUGACAUUCUAGAUACCCAGUGCCUGAGGAGAGCCUGCCAGGGAAUCUCUGUUGUCAUCCACACUGCUGCUACUAUUGACAUCUUUGGUGCUGCUUCCAGACAGACCAUCCUGGAUGUUAAUCUGAAAGGUACCCAGAACCUAUUGGAUGCUUGUGUGGAAGCCAGUGUGCCAACCUUCAUCUACAGCAGCUCAGUAGCUGUGGCUGGGCCGAAUUCCUACAAGGAGAUCGUCCUGAAUGGCCGUGAAGAAGAGCAUCAUGAAAGCACAUGGCCUGACCCAUACCCAUACAGCAAAAAGAUGGCUGAGAAGGCAGUGCUGGCAGCCAAUGGGAGCCUCCUGAAGAACGGUGGCACUUUGCACACUUGUGCAAUCAGACUCCCAUUCAUCUAUGGGGAAGAAUGCCAAGUCAUUUUGACUGUUGUGAAUACAGCACUCAAGAACAACAGCAAAAUUAAGAAAUAUGCCUCAUUCUCCAUAGCCAACCCAGUGUAUGUGGGCAAUGCAGCAUGGGCUCACAUUCUGGCUGCCAGGGGCCUUAGAGACCCCAAGAAAUCCGCUAGCAUCCAAGGACAGUUCUACUAUAUCACAGAUGACACCCCUCACCAAAGCUAUGAUGAUUUAAAUUACACCCUGAGCAAGGAAUGGGGCCUCUGCUUUGAUUCCAGUUGGAGCCUUCCUCUGCCUCUACAAUACUGGCUUGCCCUCCUGCUGGAAACUGUGAGCUUCCUGCUACGUCCAGUCUACAACUAUAGGCCACCCUUUAACCGUUUUUUGGUCACAAUGCAAAAUAGUGUGUUCACUUUCUCCUACAAGAAAGCUCAGCGAGAUCUGGGCUAUGAGCCACUUGUCAGCUGGGAGGAGGCCAAGCAGAAAACCUCACAGUGGAUUGGGACACUAGUGAAGCAGCACGGAGAGACACUAAACAAAAAGUCUCAGUGA